UGCUUUCCUCGAAUGAGGACGCAGUGGGGAAGAAGCUGGGCUGCUCAGUUGGAGUCAGAACCAAUCUGUUCAAACACCAGGCGCUGGAGCUUUCGGUGGUUUCAGCUCUGGGCUGCGUUUAGCUCAACCAUCCUAAACCAAACCUUGAUGCUGCAGUGAUGUACUGAACAGCUGGGGGAAUUAUUUUUUUUUCUCUCUCCGAUAAACAAAUCAAACGUGACCAAAGAGUAACCAUGGACGUUUUCAUGAAAGGGCUGUCCAAGGCGAAGGAUGGGGUAGUAGCUGCUGCCGAGAAAACGAAGCAGGGAGUGGCAGAGGCGGCGGGAAAAACGAAGGAUGGGGUGCUGUAUGUGGGCUCCAGGACCAAGGAAGGUGUAUUUCAUGGCGUAUCUUCAGUGGCUGAGAAGACCAAAGAGCAGGCUUCUCUGGUUGGUGGUGCCGUGGUGACUGGAAUGUCUACAGUUGCUCAGAAGACCGUGGAAGGAGCUGGAAACAUUGCAGCUGCUACAGGUCUGGUUAAAAAGGAUCAAUUGGUGAAACAGGAUGAAGAUCUUUUCCCUCAGGAGGGUGUGAUGGACAGCACAGAAGCACUGCAAAUUGAUCCUGAUACUGAAGCCUUUGGAGCAGCCCCAGGGGAUGAAUAUCAAGAUUAUGAGCCCGAAGCGUGAGUAUCCACAGACCUGGGCGCACUGACCAAGGACUCUUUUACUUCUCCUGCUCUCUUUUUCUAUGUGAAUGUACUUCAAAUUCAGAUAUUACUGGUUGUAAAAUUCUUCCUUUAAGUGUGUGUGUUUUUUUACAGUGUUCUUUGAAGUCUUCCACUCGCUGUACUCAAGAGUGUUGUGGCUUUUGGCCAGGCCUCAUUCCAGUGAUUCCCUCCCACUGAAAUGAGGGACUGGGAGCAGGACCCUGUCAGUUUCGUAGACAUAGUGUUUGGGGUUCAACAGUUUGAAACUGCCUAUCUGUCUAAUGCUUUCUUGUGUACGUGUAAAAAAGAAAGGUUCUGUGUGACUGCAUCUGUGUGUGCAUGUGAGCGUGUGUGUCUGUGUGUAUGUGCAUUUGUGUGAAUGUGUUUGUAUCUCCUAGUGUAACCUAUUUACUGCUCCGUUUUCUAUGUGUGACAGUUCCGUUUGCUGAGAACUUUGUUGUAUGUACAGUGUAUGCAAUGGUCAGCAUGGAGCUAUGCACUUACAAUUAACUACUGUGACACUGAAAAUCAUUUUGUGCUGGUGGGUUUUUUUUUGAUGAGUGUAUGUAAAUAUCUGGUGUUUCUGUGAAACAAUUAAACUGAAUAUGCAAAACA